UUAAAUACAAGAUCUGAGUACUUCUCCCACCUCUGAAUAAACCAUAGAAUGGAAUAAACCCAUCUAGGCUCUCACAUGUGCCCACUGUCCUGAGGAAUCUUGGGUUUCGUCUCGAUUAACUGCCCCUGAACCCAUCAUGCAUCGACUGCUCAGGUCUGCUGCGGUCCUGGUCCCUGAAGUAGACGCCGCCGCCGCCGCUCUCACUUCUCUCGGCGUGUUCUUUGUCGGGAAUUUUCAAUCCCCAUUUCUCCCGACUUUUGGAUACAAUCAGAUCACUCAACAUGGGUAAAAAGGAGGAAGAGGAGAUCAUCAGAAUUGCGAAAAAAAUGGAUAAAAUGGCGCAGAAGAAAAACGGGGCCGGGGCUUUGGACUUAUUGAAGGAGCUGCGAAGUAUCCCCAUGACUCUCGAGCUGCUUCAGUCUACCAGAAUCGGGAUGUCGGUUAACGCCAUCCGCAAGCAGAGCACAGACGACGAGGUGACAUCUCUAGCCAAGUCCCUGAUCAAGUCAUGGAAGAAGCUUUUAGAUGAGCCUACUGGUGGAGAUAAAACGUCAGAUGAAAAGAGGAAAGAGCAAACAACGCCUUCUUCUCCCUCGCAGGGAAGUCCAGACGCAAAAGAAGAAAGCUCCAGCAGUAACUCCAGCAGCAAGAGUGAACGCGCUGACGUUUCAUCCAACUCAUUGAUCCCGACUUUUCCUCGCGCCUCAGGCACCUCCGACUCGAUCAGGCUCAAGUGCCGAGAGCUGAUGACCCAAGCACUGCAGACUGGAGAUGAUCAUAUUGCUAUUGGUGCUGAUUGUGAUGAACUGGGCGCGCAGAUCGAGGAAAUUAUCUUUCAAGAGUUUAAGAACACAGACAUGAGAUACAAGAACCGUGUGCGGAGCCGAAUCUCGAACUUAAAGGAUGUAAAGAACCCGAAUUUAAGGAGGACAGUGCUCUGCGGGAAUGUGUCCCCUGAGCGGAUGGCUAAGAUGACCGCAGAGGAUAUGGCCAGUGAUGAGCUGAAGGAAAUGAGAAAGAAUUUGACCAAAGAGGCUGUCCGGGACCACCAGAUGGCCACCACAGGAGGCUGUCAGACGGAUCUAUUCACCUGUGGAAAGUGCAAGGGGAAGUGCUGCACCUACACGCAGGUUCAAACUCGCAGUGCUGAUGAACCGAUGACCACGUUUGUCUUCUGCAAUGAUUGCGGAAAUCGAUGGAAGUUCUGCUGAAUCUGCGCGACACUCCCGACAAGUAGCAAAUUCCCGGACCAGAUUGUGUCUCUGCAACACAUUGGAGCUUUGUAUUUUGUGGUACAUAGCACACAUCAUGCCAUACAGAGAUGCCACAGGUUACCGUUUAAUAUAAAUAUCCGGUUCAUAGGUUGAAGUCACCCGAAAGCCCUCCCCCCAAAUAUUUUACUAUUGUCAUUAGUUGUUUUGUCUCUGUCAGAUAUAUGCGAUCGAUCUUGUCUCAAUUUCUUUUAUCUGCAUUUUUUUAUAUGUAGUUUUAACACUUUGAGAAAUGUUGUUUUUUGCUUUUCCCUCACGACAUGGAAUUGUUUUUAUUUAAUUUCCCAAUAAAAGUGUAAUCCAUUUGAUUAAAAAACAAGUGCUUUUCA